AUGAGUGGCAAAGCAGUGGACAAGGAUCAGCUUGGCUACAUGGUCGUCAAUGCUGUCCACAAACUGUCCAAGGCUAUGAUGGACACGGGCGCACCACGAGAGGACAGUGCCAUCGACAUGUCGACACUACUGGGAGCUGAGGAUCACCAGGCGGACGAGAGAGAAGUUCUUCGCCAAUGUGGAAUACAGAAGAUAGCCUCCCAGCAACGAGCAAUCAGAAAUCCUUUCGACGGCAAGGGGUAUAUCGAGGUCUUCUGGGGCUUUCACGGAUGCUACUCAUUCAAUGUCACUGAGAACACUACUGGCUCACGUAUCCACGACAUGGUCGCCGAAAAAACUGGAAUCCCUGUCAAGCAGCAGAGACUCACGUACAAGGACAAGCUGUUCCGGGAUUCAGAUACGCUGAAACAGCACGGGAUACGACCAAUCUACUCGACUACCAAUCGUCCUCGUCUGAAGCUCUCUCGCCUCGAAGGCAUUUGUUUCAACGGCGCUGACAUGGACAUUUUCGUGCAACUGGGUGGAUCUGCGACAGGGCCGGGCACAAAGAGCCAAGUACACGCCUGCCAUACCACGAAAGUCACAGAGCUCGUGAAAGCACUUCUGCCCAAUAAGCACGACCUCCCUCAUCGCAUUGUCAAGCACGGCAAGGUUGUAUAUGACAGCACCAAUGAGCUUUGGAUGACUGGGAGUGAGGGCUUGACGCUCGCUGCGAUCGGGGUGCAGACUGGCGAUGUGUUGCGUUUACAGCUCCUCGGAACAUUGGGCGAAAGGAGUCCGUCGAUGGCGUCUAUUGUCUCGGUGCAAUCCUCUCGGUCUAGUCGAUGUUCAUUGGAUGAUACGAAGCACUCAGCAACGACGCUCGAGCGCAGCCAGUCGGAGAGUAGGGAGACACUUCGCUCGGUGAAAAGGCCUUCGAUGCUUCGGAAAGUGUUCAAUGGCUGA